AUGUCAGAGCGCAGGCAGAGUCCGUCGCAUGAAUUGUUUUCGCAAUUUCGGUGAAAAAGUAUGGCGACGUGGAAGAGUGAGAGGUUUCAGGUGGACGAGAAUACGGACGGUAUCGACAGUAAUUUCGACAGCAUCCUCGUGACGCACGAUUUGCAGGACUGCCUGGACGAGACUUUGGAUCUGUCGAGCUUCGAGAAGGUCUACGAGCAGAGCACGGUGUUCAAUUACGAGAGGUACUCCGACGAAGAUGCCGCUAUCAACGAGAGGCUACCCGAUGACAACACGACCGGAUAUGCCCAUCACGCUAUCAGCCCACAUGAAGUAUACAUGCGAAUCCAUCCAGAACAAGAUGAUAUAUUACCUGAAGACUGUGCAAAUCCUCACGCAACUAUCACAAUUGAAAGUAUGGAUCUGGAUGGCAAUCAGAAACAUAUCAAUCGCUAUAAUUGCCAAUACGAAGGCUGCGGCAGAACGUACAGUACUAUCGGGAAUUUGCGUACUCACAUGAAAACACAUAAAGGCGAGUAUCGAUUUAAAUGCGCAGAGCCGAGUUGCGGCAAGGCCUUUCUCACGUCCUACAGCCUAAAGAUCCACGUUAGGGUACACACGAAAGUAAAACCGUUCGAGUGCAAUCACAAAGGCUGCAAGAAAGCAUUCAAUACCCUUUACAGACUGAGAGCUCACCAAAGACUCCACAGCGGCAACACAUUCAACUGCGAAGAGACUGGAUGCGUUAAAUUCUUCACUACUCUAAGCGAUCUCAAGAAACAUAUACGUACUCAUACUCAAGAAAGACCGUACAAGUGCAGGGAGAAGGGUUGCGGCAAGGCUUUCACGGCUUCGCAUCAUUUGAAAACUCACAAGAGGACGCACACGGGUGAACGGCCAUACGUUUGUACUUUCGAUAAUUGCAAACGAUGUUUCACUACUCCGCACAGCCUGAAAAGCCAUAUCAAAACGCACAAUAAAUCUAUGAAUAACGAAACUAAACACAAAGACAGCGGAAGUGACGAUACGACGACUGAGGAGCGGAACAAACCGACUCAAUUGGAAUUGAAGCUCGUGAAGGUAAAUGCGAGCGACACCGCCAUACCGUCGUACGCCGUCGUGCCGAUAUCCUCGGAUCUCGUGCAAAACAACAGGAACAUGCCGUACGCAUCCGCGGACAAUGCGGUAGCUCCCACCGACGUAACGCUCGAGAUCAUGAACCAUCGCAAGUUGGACGUGAAACUCGAGUACAUUUCUACCAAAGACAUGGAAGAUUCGAGGAGAACCACCGAGGACGUCGCGCUUCUCGCAACGGACAUCGUUUUAGCCGACUUCGGCGAACACGCAGUCGACGCUUUCAACAAUAACGAGAAUUAUAACGAAUUUAAGGUAUUCAAUCAGUUGACUGAGCCAAACGCGCGACACGACAAUCUGGCGGAUCUAGCCGGUCAUCGGAAUCAUCGGCACGAGUCCGCCUCGUUACCGGAGACGCGCGGUGACAGUAUAGGCAGGCAAGAUCGGCCUGUAACGAUCAGUUUAGAGCAGAAGAUCAUGCAGGACGGCCUGCGGAACGCGAUAGCGCACAUCUCCGAGGAAACGGACUUCGCGAGCGGUAUAAAACAGUAUAAGAACAAGCCAAUCGCCGCUCCCGACGACGUGUUCGAUGUAGACCAUGCGAAUGCGGGCAGCAUGGCCGACGGUAGCGGCACGUUGUAUAGUGCCAAUUGUAUUACUAGUCAUAUGCCCGAUAUCAUAAGUUCCUCGAGCGAAGGCAACCUCUUCGACAGCGGGAUAGAGGCUCUCUCCUUCAUGAACGACGCGACGUUGCCGAACGAGUCGCUCGGUGCGGUCUCGCACGACUUGUGCGCGAACACCCGCUCGGAAGCCGUGGAGCUGGCGAUCGCGACCGAGGAGGAGUUACCGUCGCCUUGGAUCGACGUGAUGGCGCUCGCGACCGCACCCGCCCUUAGGACUCAGUCUUGGCCCGAACUAAACGCCUUCCCGACCGCGGUCCACUCGCUGGUCGAUCUGGUGGGCCCGGAGCCGUAUCCGCUGGAGAUCGAGGCUCAGUUACCAUCUACGGAGAAUUUGAAGAACAUCGACGCGGUGAAUACGGAGUACAUCAUGUCGGCGAGCACCGAAGUGGUGCAGUGCCAGGAGGCCGGCGAGGAUCACGACGAGCGGAGGUCGGUCGUCGCGAGCAAGAAGGAUGGCAGGAACGUUCUGCAGGAGAUCACGGCGGACGCCGAUAUAUGUAAAUGCGUCGACUGCAAGUGCGACAACCUGCAGAACUGUCAGAACUGCACGAACGGACCCGCCGCGGAAGUCGCGAAGAAGGACACGACGCUGAAGAUCGUGGACGACUUCGUGUCCUCCCUGCAAAACGGGUGUUCCUGCAACGCCGAGUCCGGCGGCUGUGACUCCUGCUGUGUCGUAAUCUGCCUGAAGACGCUGCAGCAACUGCAGAAAGUAUUUAGUAGUCGCAAUUGUUGCAAGAGCACUAGCAGCGCUACGUGCUGUAGGGAAAAGUUGCUGCCAUCCUUGAUGAAGUGCAAACUAGCCAGGAAUCAGUGAAAACCGCGCGAAUCAAUUUUCUUCGCUAACUAGUCACGCAGGGAAAUAACGCUGUGCGCACGUUACAUUAACGCUCGUAAAGAUUUGUGAUUUGUUAGAGACUACACACCGAUAGCUUUAAAUUCGCCUUGUGGGCAAUCUGUGCCUUCCAAAUGUUGCAUCUAGGACAAGGAAUAUAUAUAUAUAUAUAUAUGAGAAUAUAUGACUGUACAUACAUAUGCUAUAUAUUCCUAUGGAAUUCUAGAAUGGGUUCUAUACAAGUAUGAUAUACAUUUUGUGCCAAACGUUUGUAGAUUUUUUUACAAAGAGCAAUUUAUAUAUAUACAAAAUUUAUAAGCGCAAAAUUUACUGUUGCAUAA